AUGGAAAGUUGGAUUAAUAAAAUUCUUCCUUCUUGCUGUGCAAGAGGCAGAGCAAACAAAAUAUCUGAGCCAGAAUUAAUUCGCUCUCAAACAGCUACAAAUAAUUUAACUCCAGUAGGCAAAGUAAGGAAAGAGGAAUCAAUUGAUAUUUUAUCACCAAAAAUUUUCGAGAAUAACUCUGAAAAUAACCCAGAGAAUGAAGAAAAAAAGGAUAUAUGCAUUAUUUAAAUGAAUUUUGAACCUUGAAAAACCAUUUAAAGUAUCAUAAAAUAUAAUUUAGCAUAGAAUAAAUUACAUUACUCUAGAUGAAAUUUCACCUAUAGGGCCACCUAUAAAUGCUGAACCUUUAUCACAUUUUGGUAAAGUUCAGAUUGAAAAUAAAAAGGACCAAAGAGAAGUCAUUGACUCAGGCAGCCGAAAUAGUACAAGAUCUUCAUUCAAUUCCAUGGAUAAGGUCUAUGUACUUUUAGACCAAUUUCGAUGCGCAAAUUGCGCAAAAAAAGCAACAGGCUGAUGCACUGGGUGCCCUUCAAAGAGGUUUUGCUCUGAAUGCUUCACUUUGGAGCACCGAAAUGAAGAUUUAAAUCAUAAAUUUUGUAAAUACAAAACUGAUAAGCCAAAAGCAAUGCCAAGUUCGGUGCUUCAUGCAUUGGCUCUUUUAUCAGUUAAAAAACCCAAAAGUUAG